AUGUACAUGUCCAGUGAAGGACAAGCUUUGUUUAUUAAUUAUGCUCCCAGGGGGCAAUCUUAUUGCGACGAUGAUUUCCGAGUUCAUGCCUAUCAAGAUAACAGCUUCUCUCACCCUCUGCAACAAACUUAUAACAAUGGAAGAAAAUUGUUUUCAAAAUUUCAAACAAAAAUAAAGGCUGCCCUGUGCAGCAACAAAAUUCAUGUGCACACUCCAACAGCUUACAGUGGCGAUGACUGCUUGAGCAGAGAGUGGACGGAAGUUACCCAAAAACUUGUUCAUUUUGCUCGGAAUAAUCGUGAAGAGAAUGGAUGA